UUUACUCUCAUGUUAGUUAUUUGAAAGAGGGAGAGUAAAAUAGCAAGCAAAGAAGGUAGCGACACUGGAAGGGAGAAGAAGAAAGACUGGAGAAGAGAAACAAAGAAAGAAAAGUAGAGAGAGAAGAAGAGAGGAAGAGAAAGAUAUAUAGAGAUAUUAGUUCUGUCCCAGCUCUAGGAUUGGGAGGGUAACUAGAUUAUUAAGUUGUGACUCAGUAUUUUCCUAGGAAAGUCAUGACUCCAGCAAAGGCUUACUUAUAAAUAUUUGUGUUCACCUCCUCUGACACACAAUCUGUGUAGCUCCACAGUUUGAAGUGUUUUAAUCCUUUCUCCUGAAGACUUUCCAACUGACCUUGACAGUAUAAGAUGGCCCAAAAUUUGACCUCAACUGAGCAGGAGAUAAUGGAGCUCUUAAUGAUAUUACAAGAGUUCUCCGUGAAAAAGAUAGACAAACUGGAUGUCCAGGAAGUAAAAAGGCUCUUUAGAGAGGAACUUCCAAAUUUUCUAAAGGCAAUGGAUGAAGCUACUAAAAACAAAAUACUGAAUGACAAGGGGAAGGAGAUGCCCUUUGAUGAGAUUUGGGACAUGAUAGGAAGAAUGGCACUGGAGUACAGGAAGAAGAACAGCAAUGCCCUCAAAGAUUAGCCUCACAUCAAUGUGCUUUUCCUUGAAGAAGGUGGGCAUAGCCAUGGCCAAAGUUCCGAACCAGGAAUUCUGCUCAUGUUUCUUCUGCCCAACCAGUGCUACAGAAAUUUCAUGUCACAGGCAUUGACAUUGUGUGUGUGGGUGCAAAUUUCAGGGGAAUAAAAUCUUCACACCAGUGCUCUCCA